CCCUGCGUCAAAGUGCGGUUGAACUGGGUUAGCCUAACGUGGGCUCCCCUUGGAUUCCCUUGUUUUCCAAGAUCCCGUCGACUGUCACCUGCUGUUGGGAGAGAUCUGUGCGUUCCUGAAGCACUCCUUUUGCACUGUGACCACAAGACCUCUGUUAUCGCUGAUCAUAUCACAGAUAUUUAUUUACUGCAUAAUCUUCCCCUCCCACCAGGCUCCAGGCCCCUCCAGGGGCGCAGACCAUCAUGAAGGCUCGCUUGAAAGGCGCCCAGACAGGCCGGAACCUCCUGAAGAAAAAGUCUGAUGCCUUAACGCUUCGCUUUCGACAGAUCCUAAAGAAGAUCAUAGAGACCAAGAUGCUGAUGGGCGAGGUGAUGCGGGAGGCCGCCUUCUCCCUGGCUGAGGCCAAGUUCACAGCAGGCGACUUCAGCACCACCGUUAUCCAGAACGUAAAUAAGGCCCAAGUGAAGAUUCGGGCAAAGAAAGAUAACGUAGCAGGUGUGACUCUGCCGGUGUUCGAACAUUACCACGAAGGGACCGACAGUUAUGAGCUGACUGGUUUAGCCAGAGGUGGGGAACAGUUGGCUAAGCUGAAGCGGAAUUAUGCCAAGGCCGUGGAGCUGCUGGUGGAGCUGGCGUCGCUGCAGACUUCCUUUGUUACUCUGGACGAAGCUAUUAAGAUAACCAACAGGCGUGUAAACGCCAUCGAGCACGUUAUUAUACCUCGGAUUGAACGGACCCUUGCUUACAUCAUCACAGAGCUGGAUGAGAGAGAGCGAGAAGAAUUCUACAGGUUAAAGAAAAUACAGGAGAAGAAAAAGAUUCUCAAGGAAAAAUGUGAGAAGGACUUGGAGCAGCGGAGAGCAGCUGGUGAAGUGAUGGAGCCUGCGAACCUUCUGGCUGAGGAGAAGGACGAAGACCUUCUGUUUGAAUAGUCUGCGCCGCUUUUGGAAGUCCCCCACGUGGCUCUGUUUAAAUUCAGUGUGUGGGUUUGGUACGUGUGGCUAUUUAUAUUUUGGCCUAAGAAUUCUGGCAAUUCUGAAAUUUACCUGGAUGUCUACUGAUGGGAUGGCGGUUGCAGAACCCUAACCCAGCACACGAGUGAGAUCUGCGGAAGUUGCUCCGACUCGCAGGCUUCCCUCCGCCGCGUCACCGUGCCGUUUACAUCUGUGUUUCAUGUGACCCGUUUACCAAGCAUUUUAAGAAAUACCCUCUAGGAAGUGGCAGUGGUCUCGGGCCAGCUGCUGUGAGGACACGUUCCCACUUGCAGACCUCUGCGCGGGUCUGAGGUGCCCCGGCCGCCUGCGUCGCCACGGUACUUGUUAAGCUUUGUGAAAACCUGCACUUUCUUCCCCUUGCAUGACAGAGCUGUCUUGUCUUGGGAGCAUUUCUGCCAAUGUAAAUGUGACUAUGUUACACAGAGUAAAAUGAUUGAAAAGUAA